GAACACUGGUAAAGGAUGGAUCGGUGAGGAGGAGGCAGGAGAGUCGCAUCCAGAGGUCCACAGAGAAGAGAGAAGAUGCUCUGCGCGCCAGAUCAGAUAGCAUAUGCAUUUAUGAAAUAUGACGACUCCACGCCGACUACCGGAGAGAUGCCUCGCAUAUAUUAGCGGUUUCCCUCCAUUUCCGUUGCAGGAUGACCUGUCAGGUGCUACGUGUGUCUUGGUCCACAUCAUGAGUAGCGCACGGUGUUGCGUUUGUGUGUCAACUCAGAAGAAAUGCCUUCUCACCUAAGUGAUUUUUCCUCUCUUCUCGGAUGUUAUAUAGCCUACAUCAGUAGGUCGGAUCGCCUUGCUUUUGUGUUUCCGUGGCCACUGAUUGAUGACUUGUGCCCCCAGGACUGUGAAGCUGCGGAAGCAGGAUGAAAAUCCCUCAUUUGGUGUCCCUUCAACCCCUCAGUAAUUACACCGUUAUUAGACUGGGAAUCUCGGUGAAAAUCAACUGAUUAAAUAAUGCAAAGACCUUCAAUAUAUCGGCAUAAAGGACAAAGAUGCUUCCUGGCUGUGAAUUUAUUUAAACAUUGCCAUGGGGAAGAGUUUGGACUGAAAGACAGAGAGAUUUGAUAACACAGUGGAAGAGACAGAGCCUGGAGGUGAAGACAUGGUCAUCACUGAUAGAAACACCGCCACCCCUGUACCUAAAAAGGAGCCCCAGAAGAAGACGAGGAGGAAGUCUCGCCCUCAUGGCCUGCCCUCUCCGGCACUCUGCUGUGCCUGUGGCCUAUGCAUCAUGCUGGCUGGACUCAACAUCACCCUGGUGGGAGCAUUUGCCUUCAGCACACUGGUGCCUUCUGCCAAUCCCCCGAUCAUCAUUGGACCUAUCCUCCUGCUGGUGGCCUUUUCCUUUUUCGGGGCCUGUUGCGUGUGCAGCCGCCUCCCCCCUCCCCACAGCUCCCGGCGGUCUAAGGUGGGCAGCAGAGGUACAGGGCUGAUGGGACAUGGCGGGCUGGCUGGUGGGGCAACGUUUGAAAUAGAGACCAGCGAGCACACACUGCAGGAUACUACAGCUGUGCAGCUAAGCCCCACAUCCUCCCCUGGAUCAUCCCAGGCAUCCAGCCCAGAAAAGGAGACUCCUGAUGUGGCCCUACCAGGACCCUGCAGUCUUUUCACCAUGGAGACCAACGGCCCUUCUGUUUCUGCCACCGCAGUCUACUCAGCCUCCACAGCAGCAGGAGGGGAGGUGAGGCUCAACCUGCCACGUGAAGAAGUCGCCUAGCAAAGCAGAAACUCUUCCAAUACCGGAGUGAUGCCAGUGUAAAUAUCCUUCUGGGUAGAGGGCUUGCUGAGUGUGAUUGUGUCCUCUAGUUUACGUAGUGCCAUAUUUCUGGUUGUGAACAGUUUGCUUUUGAUUUUCUUGUUGUGCAGCCAACUGGUAAUUAGCAUGCAAAGUUAAUGAAACAUCCAAGUGUUUGUGGAUCAUAGGUUUUGGAAUUCAAAUUCCUACCUCUCUUGUGCUGUUUUUUUCCUACAGGUCUUUGUUUUUAACGUAGGGCAUUAUGAACAGUUUUCAUUUAGAAAUAUAACAAAAAGUGUCGGAAACCAUAAACAUUUAUAUUCCACUGCUACUCUGGUUUGUUGUAACCUCAGCGGUCGGCAGUGAUUUCAGAGGGCUGGAUUGAAAAAUAUGAAUGUUUAUUUGUUCUGAAAACUUAAAGAUUAGAUGUGAAAGGUCAACAGUGAACUGUACAGGUACGUUUGUAGUGACAUUUGGCAUUUUGUGUGCCAUUCUCAGUGCUGAACUUGUUUUGGGGGCAUAAGAUAGUAUAGGUCAUAGGGGUCCCAAAGCAAUAUCCUCUCACCUGACAUUAAAUUCUCUGCAUUUAUAGUUCUUUUCACAAGUAAGUGAUAACACACUACUUGUCUACAGCCAAUACAUUUGUAAUGAACAACGGUGCAUAUAGAACAGUGUGUUACAGUAUAAUAACAUGUAACUGUGUACAAGCUUUACCUGUAGUUUGACAAACAUCUGUCAUCACACCAAUAUUAACACUGUGAAUAUGUUUCUCAGCACAUUGCUUUCUGAUUUCACAUGCAAAUUUUCAUUGACGGUAGUCGCAACUCAGUUUUUUUUUUUACAAACAUUAUUUUGAUUUUUCCAUACAAAAUAACAAGUAACAGCUCCCAUUGCCACCCCCAUCCAUACCAGGGUCAACAUACAUAAAUACAGACAUAAUACAUACAUCAUAAAUCACACAUAAAUACAUACAUACAUACAUACAUAC